GUCACGGAUAGCUCAACAUGGCUGAAACAAAAGAUCUUCCAGAAUCAGCAGCAGUCUUUGGCAAAACAGCUCAUCAACUAUCUGAAACCGGCGGGGAGCCACCGGAAAACUAUAUCUGGACAAAUAAAACAGAAGUUGACGCACCUUUGGCCACAGACAUGCCAGUCAUUGAUGUUAGCCUGCUGGCUUCCUCCACUGAUGCUGAGCUCAACGCGCUCCACUCUGCUCUCACCAAAUGGGGUUGCUUCCAGAUAGUUAAUCAUGGCAUAGAAAGCGCCUCCCUGAUGAAGUGCGCCAUCUUACCACAGAAUUCUUCCACCUUCCGGAGCUGGAGAAGCAGAGAUACACGAGGCAAGGAAACGAUAUUGAAGGUUACAGCAGCUGUCCGCCUGUUUCCAGAACCAAAUGGUCUGAUAGGUUGCAUCUUCAAGUCGCUCCAGAAGACGGUAGAAAACUCAAAUUUUGGCCUCAGAAUCCAGAACCUUUCCAGUAAAAAAAAAUGCAGGUCCUCUCAUAAAAUUGAGUUAAGACUACACAAUUGAUUUAAUCGAGAACAAUUUUCCAUGUACCUGCCGAAAAGUAUUGGAAGACUACUCUGCUAAAAUAAGACAUGCGGAAGAUGUUGGCAAAUGAAACUAAAAAUAUAACAUAUAACUGUCCCACAUCGGUGUCAAGAUAAAACUGAAACUAGUAUAUAAGUCUCAUGGACCCCUCCUCCUAUGACCA